AAAAAAGAAGAAAAAACUAAAAGAGAUGAAAAAACGUUCAAAGCAAGUAAACGAAUCCUCCGUCCCGGAGAUCUGAAAAGAAGCUGCACUCCAAAGCUUUCCUCUCGUCGGCUCCAUCGUUACUCCAGGCACCACGCUUCCGAUCAAGCCCCCAAUAGUCCAUCCACUCUCUUGAACCCCAUUCUCACUUGAUUCACCUCUGCCGACUUAGCUCUUGACGCCCUUAUUCCGUCUGCUAUUUAUCUCGUCCCUGCCUGGAAAAACUCCACUUCGAACUUUGUACCUUUCUAUCCUAACACUACCAUCGGAGUCCGGUCAAUCGUCCGCCGCUUAAAUUUCACCUGUCAGAGGUUUGGCCUACUUGUGUCCGAGUUGCUUGUGCCCAUCACACCAUUUCCCCCCAGGAAAUGGACGAGGACUUUGAAAAGGAUGCCGGGGAUACAAAUGCCAAAGUGCCUGCCACACAUACUGAGACCGAGGUAAAGACAAAUAAGAAGAAAAAGAAAGGUCUGAUAUCAAGAUUGUGGAAUGCACUCUUUAGAUCUGGUAGAGACGAUUUUGAGAAGAGACUGCAACACAUUUCCAAAGAGGAGGCCGCUGUUAUUCAGAGAAUAACAACGCGUGCUCAAAGAGUUAGUAGGAUGUUGAGAAACCUCAUCAUACUUUCUGUACUGUUUGAGGCUAUUGCGGUGGGUUAUGCUAUCAUGACUACUAGAUCACUUCACCUAAAUUGGAAAUUGAGAGCUCUGCGCGUUUUGCCUAUGUUUCUAUUACCCGGGUUAUCUUUCGCUAUAUAUACGGCACUUGGAAGCUUCAAAAGGAUUUGCGUGGAGCGCAUGGGUGAAACUAAAAACGCUGAUACACAAAAGCUACAACUGCAGCUUCUAGAUGUGACAACAAGGAUCAGAAAACCUUGCAAAGGCUCCGUGCUGAAAAGAAAGCAAAGAUUGAUGAACUCAAGGAGAGGACAAAUUAUUACAUUACACAACAACUCAUUCAGAAGUAUGAUCCUGACCCUGCUGCUCAGGUUGCAGCUGCCACCGUGCUCGCUUCCAAGCUUAGCGCAGAUACUGGGUUGAAGGUGUUUGUGGGUAAUGAGUCCCAACGUAAUUCCCCUCCUACUGGUGGGAAGAGUAGUGAUGUUGAUCUUGCUAAUUCCACUGGACUUCGUAACCGAAAGCAACCGGCAAGCAGAUCAACUGGCUCUGAAAGAAGUGCCACAACAACAGUGCACCAGUCUCAAGAAGAACAAAAAAUGCUAGACAGUUCUGAUAUGGUCGAGCAUCAUCCACCGGUGGUUGAGCAUUACAACCCAAUUGGUCCAACCGCACAAAAUGGAGGGUGGCUUUCACGCAUUGCGGCACUGCUAGUGGGCGAGGAUCCAACACAGUCUUAUGCACUUAUUUGUGGCAACUGUCACAUGCACAAUGGGCUUGCUAGGAAAGAGGACUUCCCCUACAUCACUUACUACUGCCCUCACUGUAAUGCCUUGAAUAGGCAUAAACAAGUAGAAGAUCGCUCCUCUGGCUCGAGUUCACCAAGUUUAAGCUCUUCUGUGGUGGCCGAUGCUGAGGUGAUUAAAAAUGUUGGUGCUUCUCCCGUUGCAGAGAAUAACAUCCCUGCCAGUGGGAGUCCGGCUGGCCCUUCUGAGGCAGAAAGGGAUGCAAUUUCUAAUGUUCCCGGUACUUGAUUUGUGCCCUUUAAUUGGCAUACUUUGCUGCCUUCUUGUGCGACAUACAAAAAUAGCAAGUUUCCUUGCACAUUUGUUUUUUAUUUUACAGUUUUUUUAACUUGUGAAAAUGUUGUACUGUACUUUUCCCAAAUGAUAUAUUUCGCAGAGAGGUCCCGUCUCUUAAGGGCUGCACAAAUUCCUAUUCUGUGUUUUUCUUUUCUUGCUGAAAUUUUGUCCACCUAUAACUCAUGUAGUGUCAGGUAUUUUAUUGUGGAGGAGACAAUGUUCUACGUGUAAAUGAACUUAAAACAGUAGAUAGAAGCGUGAUAAUGUGAUGUUUUCUUUUAAGCUCAUUUCCAGCAUAUAUACAUGGAUAGUCAAACACUCGAUGAAUCUGAAUCCUUGGCUUCACAUUUUUGCAUGGCUU